CUUCCAGGUCCCGCCCCUCCCCUGGUUACCGGAAGUGUGAUGUGGCUCGUGGCGGCGCGUAACUAUGUCUGCGAUCUUCAAUUUUCAGAGUCUUCUGACAGUAAUCUUACUGCUUAUAUGUACAUGUGCAUACUUAAGAUCGUUGGCUCCCAGAUUACUGGAUAACAAUAAAACAGGAUUAUUGGGCAUAUUCUGGAAGUGUGCCAGAAUUGGUGAACGGAAGAGCCCUUACGUAGCAGUAUGCUGUAUUGCAAUGGCUUUCAGUAUUCUGUUUGUACAAUAAAAAUGGGAAAAUGUUAAGAACAUACUGCUGUCAAUUUGCAAUCAAAUAAAAGACUUUAAGAAAUAGAAGACAAAAAUUCAUUCUACACCUCAAUUUCUUUGGACAAAAAAAUUUUGUGUUUCAGUAUUUUUGGUUAAAGAGCAGUGAUGUUGGAAAAAAUACAGCUACUAAUCAAUUCUUUUGAAUGGAUAACCUUUAUUUAUGUUAAUUAUUCUAUAUUUCAGUAAAGGCUUUUUAAGAGUACAACAGUGAGUUAUGUCUGCUAAUGUUGAUUUGAUGUUAAUUCCAAAAUCCUUUUAAAUGCUUUUUAUUUAAAAGUCUUUAUUUUUUUCAUGUUGUUUUAGGAAAAAGUAUUUAAAUUAUAGACAAA